CUUUCUAAGCCAGUCUGAUAACCGAAGUUAAGCUCCACCAGCCAUCCCGAUAAAAUCUACAGUGUUAUACCAAUGGCUCUGAACAACUGAUCAGAAUUAUUGAAUAAAACUUGUCAUGAUUGACGUUAUGAAGCUACAGUUGAAUAGCAAAAAAUGAAAAAUGACAUCAGCUAGAAAACCGAAAGCCAAACUUACAGAAGAGGCAUUAGUUGAAUAUAAAGCACAAUUUGACUUAUUAGAUCAAGAUAACACAGGGAAAAUACCCGUUCCAGAAGUAACUUUGUUGAUGCGAAGAGUAGGUUUGAUGCCUUCAAACAUAGAGGUUGAGGAAUUAAUACGCGAAGUUGACAAAGAGAAGACAGCGCUUAAUGAGGGUAUCACUUUUGACCAGUUCUGUGAAAUAGCAUCAAGAAAAUAUAACGACGUAUACACAGAAUCAGACAUAAUUGAAGCUUUUCGUACAUUUGACGUAGAAAAUAAUGGUUUUCUGCCAGCUUCUGAACUUCGGCGUGCACUCUGUACAAUGGGUGAAAAUUUGACUGACGAAGAAAUGGAAGCAAUGCUGGACAUAGCUAGAGUUGAUAAUGAUGGAAAUGUUCGUUAUGAGGAAUUUGUCCGUUUCAUUGUAUCCGACUUUUAA